AUACCUCAAGAAAAGGAUGGUCUGUAAUUACAUUUUUGAGUUUAUAUUCCCUUUUCUUUUUUAUUUUGCAUGUCUCCACGACAUUCGGAAGAAAAAGAAAAAACAAAAAUCACCGCCUCAAACUAUACUACAAAAAGAGUAAGAAGAGGAUGGUAUCUGAUAUAGUAAAGAAUAUAUAAACCUGCGCUCAUGAAACAAGAGUCACAUGUGCAUCUCUCUGUUUUCUUGUGACCAAGGGGCAGAUUGUGUUCAGAUCUUCGUCUUCUCUUUAUCUGUGAAGCUUCUAUAAGUAGGCAAAGAUGUCAGCUUAUGCGCAACAGAUGGAGAGGGAAGUCUCAGGUCUCUCAAGCCGAGGCAACUCCGAGAUGGGUAGUCGGCUUUCGAUAGAAUCUGGAUGUUACAUGACAUCUUUAGCAGCUACCAUCUUCAUUGCUUCUCUUAUAACAUUCGGUGUCUUGAUGCUUACACUUCUUAUAGCUAUAUCAACCAUGUUACAGAGCUGCGAAAACAAAAACUCCGGGAUCGUCCAGGUUCAUAGACUUGUUGAUGAUGAUGAGAGUUUGAGUUACUGCAGAAUUUUGUCUCUACAUUCUAAGCUCAAAGGCUUGGUCGAAGAAGAGAGUAGUAUUGAGUUACCGUUGUUAUGCAGAGACGUUGCUUUACAAAGAAUUAAACGAGGAGUAUACUUGAGAGAGUUGAAUUUCACUAUCCAGAUGGUUCUCACUUACUUCAAGACCAUUAAACCGGGGAAUGAUAACCGGGACGUUGUUGUGAUCGAUGUUGAUGACAUCAGUCUGAUAGAACAAGAGAGUUACAUUGAAGAAGCAAAGCAGCAGAGAAGCAAACUAACACUUGAACUAUACUCUAAGCUAACACAAGGCUAUUCAGUGGUUCUGUUAUCAAGAAGACCUGAAAGAGAGAGAAACUCCACGGUGGAGCAGCUAAAAUCUAGAGGAUACAGCCACUGGUCCGGUUUGAUCAUGAGGGAAGAUACAAGGCAGAAAGAAGAGUUGGAAAGAGAUUACCGAAUAGUUGGAGUCAUUGGUAAUCACAUGGAUGUGUUAACAGGCCAAUGGAACUGGCAAAGCAAGCGUCUGUUCAAGCUUCCAAGUCUUACCUAUAAUGAUAUUUUUGGAUUACAUUGAAAGAUGAUGAGAUCAUGGGAGUUUUUUUUUAAUGUGCAGUGACUCUACUUUUCAAACUCCAGAUGUGCAUAUAGGUUUUUCAAGAGUUUCUGUAAUAUAGUUUCUAUACCGUUCAAAGAUAAGGUACCUAUUGUAAGAUUGAUCACAAUCAUGGUACAAUUUGUGAUAUAUAUAGUUGUAUACCAGUAAAAGAUAAGGUACAUAGUGUUGGUUUUCAAA